AUGGCUGAAGAAGCAAUAGAGUCAUUUAGAAAACGAAAUAAAGAUUUUUUGCUUGGAGUAAUGAAGGAAAAUAACUCAGACCCAACUUUGAUUGAAUUUCUUGAAAAAAUCGAUAUAAAAAAUAUGAUAUUUUUCAUAAGAUUAAUUUGAUUUUUUUUUAAUAUUCAGUCUUUUGUAUGUGAAAUAGGAUUCUUAUCAUUUUAUAGCAGAGACUUAUUAAUGCAAUAUUUAUAUGCCAUCCUGGGAUCUAAAUGAAAAUGUUGUAGAAUUUUCAGAGCCAAUUUACCAAUUGAUAUACCAAUAUGUGAAAGACAAAGUAAAUGAAAAGAGACUUCUAAGCAAAUUGAGAGUUCAUAAAUAG